AUGGCCAGCCCGGCGCCGGUACCAACGCCAUCGACGGCAUCUUCGACUACAACAAGCAGACUCAAGUGUAUGGACGACCUCAUCAACAUGAACGUCAGCGACAUGACGCCCGAGCAGCGCGCCCGCUUCGAGAUCAAGCGAGAGCACGAGUUCUACAGCUACUACGAGCCCAUCCGCGCCCUGGCAACCCGCGAGAUGGACUGGACCGACCUCAACUCGGAAGAAUCUGUCGCCAAACACCGCCCCAUGCAGUCGUCCGACAAGGCCCUGACCGCCUUCUGCCAACUCGCCGCCAUCCGCCUCAAGAUGCGCCGCGCCAUGAUCUUCUUCUUCGACAGCACCCACGCCUAUAUCCUCGCCGAAGCCACCCGCACCCUCUCCCUGCACGACGAUACUCUGUUCGACGAUGAAGACGACGCUCUAUGGUUGGGCACGACCAAGAUCCCGAGAGGCUUCUCCGUCUGCGAACACACCGUGAACCUGCCCUCCAACGGCGGCACCAAUGCCCAGGACGACGACUCCCACCUCAUCCACAUCAUCAACAAUCUCACAGAGGACACGCGCUUCUGCAACCGCCCAUAUGUUACCGGUGGUCCAAGAGCCAGGUUCUAUGCUGGAGUACCCAUCACCACCCCCAAGGGCCUCAAGAUUGGCGCCUUCUGCGUCCUGGACGACAAGCCACACGACGGCCUGGCCAAGAAAGAGAUAGACUUCAUGCAAGAGAUGGGAAUCGCCGUUAUGAGCCACCUCGACAUGAUCAAGGCAAAAGUCGAGCAGAGGCGAGGUACCGACAUGGUUGCUGCUUUGGGCGCCUUUACUGCAAGCGAGUCCAGCUCGCGACGAGACACAAAGACUGACGACAACCGUCCACAACUGCCCCAUGACAUCUCGGCUUCCUCUUCUCUCCUGACGAUCGGCGACCUCGACUCGUCAUCCCCUGCCAAGAGACCUGCCAUGCGUAGACAGUCUUCCAGUAGCAAAUACGGUCAUUCGUCUGCUACUACAGAUCGCAUCACAAACAUAAGAGAAAGAUCUCCCCGUCGUCAGAGGCCCUCAUGGUUUGCAAAGAACAGAGCCAGAUCAGACAUGUCCGUCUAUACUGAUUCAGCCGUCGACGAAGAUGCAAUUCCUCUGGACCGUUUGACCGAGGAGCCCAAAAUUCACUCGGCCGAACAAUCACCCAGCCAUGUCAUGCAAUCUGCUUCUGAUCUGAUUCGCAAAGCUGUUGAUGCUGAUGGCGUCUUGUUUCUGGACGCUGCUGUCACUGGCUUCGGCAAUCUCGUCAGCAACUCUUUCCUGGACAAGACUCCGGACAACGAUCUGGACGCCAAUACCAGCGGCACCGAUGGCCAUCAAACCAGUGAGGGAGAAGAAGCUAUACCUCACGUUCUCGAUGCUGAUGAUCAACCAUGUCCAAUCCUUGGUGCUUCAUACGCAGCACGCACUGGAGCUGUGCCCGAUCCAGAAACCCGCCGCGACAUUUAUUCUCAACUGACUCCCAAGUUCCUUCGCUCUGUUCUUCGAAGCUUCAGGGGCGCCAAAGUUUGGAACUUCAAUGAGAAUGGAGAUGACUAUCUUGACGAACACCUCUCCGAGAGUCAAAGUGCUUCCGAUGGUGGGGCCAGUACUGCUCGCUCGAGCUCAAAGACUAGCGAGGGUUCUAGUACCCGAAGGAGCCGCAAACGAUCACUCAAGCAUGCCCCUGGUAAGCAACUCGCAGCCGCAUUUCCUGGUGUGCGUAGCUUGAUGGUCCUCGGUCUUUGGGAUCCCCAGCGCAAUCAAUGGCGCGCUGGUUGUGUCAUCUGGUCUUGUACCCCUAUGCGCAUGUUUUCCAACGAAGGCGAGAUGCACUAUCUGACUGCGUUCUGCGACGUCAUCAUUGCCAAGCUUGCUCGCUUGGAUGUUGAUGUCGCGAACAACAUCAAGUCCGACUUCAUCUCGUCCAUCAGUCACGAGUUGAGGUCACCACUCCAUGGUAUCCUCGGCUCGGUUGAAGUGUUGCAGGAACAGAAUAUCGACCACGAAACUGCCGAGAUGGUCUCACAAAUCGACACGUGUGGACGUACGUUACUAGAUAUUGUAGAUCAUCUGCUCGAGUUCUCACGGAUCAAUGUCCUUACCAAACAUACUGGCUCGAGAAUGCGUACAAGCCUCAAAGACAUGUCUGCAUCUUCUGCUGAUAAGAGGAGUAGCGACAACGAAGCAUCUUCUCUUGACGCAGACAUCGCGCUUGACGUUGUCACUGAAGAGGUUGUCGAAUCAGCAGUAUAUUCGUUCUGUUGUUCCAAGGAUCAGCGUACUCUGAGCGAAAGAAACGUCACAGUCUCCAUGGAUAUUGAGAGAAACCCUAGCAUUUCAUGGGACUGCAAGGUCACCGUCGGUGCAUGGAAGCGCGUCUGUGUCAACCUCGUCAACAAUGCCCUUAAAUACACGACUGAGGGUUCAAUCAAUGUGUCGUUGAAAAUCUUACCACCACAAAACAAGCUUGGACGUCCCGUAGCUCAGCUUUCCGUCACCGAUACUGGUAGAGGAAUGUCCAAGGACUUUUUGCGUACGAAGCUCUUCCGAGCAUUUAGUCAGGAGGAUGAUUUGGCUGAAGGAACAGGUCUUGGCAUGAGUAUGGUGGCUCGCAUAGUCAAGGGUUGGAGAGGUAAAGUUGAUGUCCGAAGCAGUAAAGGACAAGGGAGCGUUGUCAGUGUGACCAUGCCUAUGAAGCUCACACGUCGACCAAAAGGUGCCGAUCUGGAUGGAGCACGACCAGUCUCUUCAGGUAAUGUAUGGUCUGGACUUUCGGUACACGUUUUGGGAUCACCUGAGGUGUAUGAUCGCAAUGCUGUCGCCAUGGGCCGCUAUCAACAACUCGUCGCGUUCAGCAAGAUGUGCUCAAGCAUGGGCAUGCAUACGUCCGGUCCCACUUGGCAAUUCUCUGACAAUGCAGACUUUGCUGUCAUUGCAGAGUACGACUUGCCGCACCUCAUAGAAAUGCUGAUCUCUUCCCGAGCCAAGCAGAGCACAGAAGACAAAUCAACAACAAGCUCGUUGCGAACCAAGCCAAUCAUUGUAUUGUGCAAGGACUACAUAAGUGCAAGGACCCUGAGAGGCUCUCGCAUCCAACAGCUGGUUCGUGGAAGAGUAGAAUAUGUGGGUCAGCCAUGCGGACCCAACCGUCUCGCUUCCGUCAUCAAUCGUAUACUCGAGCAUUCGGAAAAUGAUCACAGCUGGACAUCGCUGCCACACAGCCCACUGACACCCAACAAUCCUUACGACUCAACAACUCCUCGCUUCGAUACGUGGCGCGAAUCACAUACAUGGUCUGGUGCAUCAUCACCGAACGAGACAGAGAGUACGAGAAGAUUCACCCUUCGCAGUCGUCGACCAUCUAGCGGUAACACCCAUCAACCUGUCAGCAUAGUACCAGCACAGGAAAAACCGGCAGCAGAAGGAACCAAGUCUGAAGGUCUCGGCGUGGAAACUCCAACACAAAGUCUUCCCGAAGUCGCAGAUGGCGCUCUGACAGCCGCAAGUCUGGCAGAAUUGGAUCAGCCAGCUUCACAAACACGCCAUCAAAGUGUUGUCAGUAUGUCCAGUGUAAUACCGCCGCACAAGACCUCGAAGCCUUGUCUUCUUCUCGUCGACGAUAAUCCGAUCAACCUUCAACUCCUCGUUACGUACGCCAAGAAGAAUGGCCACGCCAUGCACAAAGCAUCUGAUGGCUCGCAAGCCGUGGAGGCCUACAAGAAUGCUCACAUGGAGGCGACAAUGACAGAUAAGCCAGAAGUUGUCUUGAUGGAUAUCUCCAUGCCUGUCAUGGAUGGGUUUGAGGCUUCGAGACAGAUUCGCGCGUUUGAGAGGCAAAAGGGAUUGAAACCUGUAGUCAUUAUUGCAUUGACUGGACUGGGUUCUUCAGAGGCACAACACGAGGCAUUUGUAUCAGGCAUCAAUUUGUUCUUGACGAAGCCGGUAAGGUUGAAGGAGUUGACGAGGUUGUUGGGCACUAUUAAGGAUACUUUUGGAUGA